GGGACGCAGUGUUCUCCUGCCGGGGGAUGUGUGGUAAUACGUGUUGUGUUGGUGCUUGCGUGGUGGUGAAAGCAGAUGCUGUAGCGGGGUGCAGAGGGCUGGCUCGCCACUCGCAUCUACUGGAUGCUUCUGGAGACAGGGUGCUGGGCUCCCAGGCCAACAGAACCUUUAAGAUAGACUACAAUGGGGACCAGUUCCUCAAGGAUGGCCAGCCGUUCCGCUACAUCUCUGGGAGCAUCCAUUACUCCCGCAUACCUCGGUUCUACUGGAAGGAUCGUCUUCUCAAGAUGAAGAUGGCUGGGCUCAACGCCAUCCAGACAUAUGUGCCCUGGAACUUCCAUGAACCCCUUCCUGGAAUGUACCAGUUCUCUGGCGAUCGUGAUCUGGAGUAUUUCUUACAGCUUGCUGAUGAGAUUGGACUAUUAGUUAUACUGAGGCCAGGACCUUACAUCUGUGCAGAGUGGGACAUGGGUGGCUUGCCUGCUUGGCUGUUAGAGAAAAAGUCUAUUGUUCUCCGUUCUUCUGAUGUUGAUUACCUCAAAGCAGUGGAUAACUGGUUGGGAAUCCUUCUGCCCAAGAUGAAGCCUUACCUCUAUCAAAAUGGAGGGCCAAUUAUAACAGUCCAGGUUGAAAAUGAAUAUGGAAGCUACUUUAGUUGUGAUUAUAACUACCUUCGUUUUCUCCUCAACCUUUUCCGCCAACACCUUGGUGAAGAUGUGGUGCUCUUCACCACCGAUGGGGCCGUUGUAGAGUACCUGCAGUGUGGCUCUCUGCAGGGUCUUUAUGCCACAGUAGACUUUGGAACAGGUGGCAAUGUUACAAAUGGCUUUCUGAUCCAGAGGACGAUUGAGCCCAGAGGACCCUUGGUCAAUUCAGAGUUUUACACUGGAUGGUUAGACCACUGGGGUGAAGCUCACCAGACAGUCAGCAGCAAAGCUAUUGUCACCACUCUGACAGACAUGCUUUCCCGUGGUGCUAAUGUUAACCUGUACAUGUUUAUAGGUGGGACCAAUUUUGGCUUCUGGAAUGGAGCCAAUACACCUUAUGCACCACAACCUACGAGUUAUGACUACGAUGCCCCAUUGAGUGAAGCGGGAGACCUCACUGAGAAGUACUUUGCUCUGAGGGAAGCUAUUGGAAAGUUUGAAAAACUACCGGAAGGACCUAUUCCUCCAUCAACCCCCAAGUUUGCCUAUGGAAAAGUUGCAAUGAAGCAGGUAAAUACAGUGGAAGAGACUCUCGAUAUUUUGUGCCCUGCUGGACCGAUAAAUAGCACUUACCCCUUGACAUUUGUCGAGGUGAAACAGUAUUUUGGCUUCGUGCUAUACCGAACAACACUUCCUAAAAAUUGCAGUGAACCAGUGAGCCUUUCUUCCCUCAAUGGAGUCCAUGACCGUGCCUAUGUUUCUGUGAAUGGGGUUCCCCAAGGAAUUCUGGAGAGAAACAAAGUGUUCUCUAUCAAUAUAACUGGGGAAGCUGGUGAUACUCUGGACUUGCUUGUAGAAAACCUGGGGAGGGUCAACUUUGGAAGCAAAAUUGAUGACUUUAAGGGUCUGAUUUACAAUUUAACCCUUGGGUCAGUCACGCUCAAAGACUGGUUAAUUUUCCCACUGGAUAUGGAGGACGCACUGCAGUGUUAUCUGAGCAGUGAUGCAGCAUUCAGGAAGAGUCCUUCCAACUCGACUCUCCCAUCUUUUUAUGUUGGUCAGUUGUCCAUUCCUACUGGAAUUCCCGACUUGCCUCAGGACACCUAUAUCCAGUUUCCCAAUUGGACCAAGGGACAGGUAUGGGUCAAUGGCUUCAAUCUUGGCCGGUAUUGGCCAGCUCGGGGCCCCCAGGUCACUCUGUAUGUUCCAAGACACAUCCUGGUCACCUCUGCCCCGAACAACAUCACUGUGCUGGAACUGGAGAGAUCUCCAUGUAAUUUCGAGGAGAAAUGUUUUGUGGAAAUGGUGGACAAGCCUGUGCUCGAUGGACCCCUGUCCUCGUCAAAGGAGUCCUAGAAGGUGGUCAGUUCAUCGUGAAGGCUGGAUGGUCCAUGAUGCCUUCAGAAGGACCAUCUUCUUGGAAUCUUGACUUUUUAUAGAACCUAAUGAAUCUGGUCUAGUUGGAAAUUACUGAUUGGAAAAUUGUGUGCGUGCCCGUGUGUGUGUGUGUGUGUGUGUGUGUGUGUGUGUGGUGUGUGUGUAUGCGUGCACAUGUGCACGCGUAUAUGUUAAUUGUUAAGGCUGGUUUUAUUUGUUGCCUUGUAAAUUAAAAUCAUGAGCUCCCUGUGGGAAAGUACCAAGCCUACCCAGCAAUGACAUAAACCCCUGUAGUGCCUAUUGCCUCUACAAGGUCUUGCACCCUGUGGGCGCCCUAUGAAUGUUUGCUAUCACUGAUCAUGGUAAUAGAACAAUAAAGCACACACCCCGAGGAUUUGAUUUUGCCUCAAGUAUUUUUUGAUUUAUUUGCACUGGAAAUUUCUAGGGAAGAAUUGUGUUUCCUGAAUAAAAUUUAUACUCAUUUGA